AUGGAUCCCUUGCAAAGCAUUGAAGAAGAGGAACUUCCUCUAUAUAAGCCAGAGAAUUACUAUCCUGUUGAUAUAGGCGAAGUGUUUGUCUCCAGAUACCAGGUAGUUUCGAAGCUCGGAUAUGGCACUUCUUCCACGGUCUGGCUUUGGAGAGAUCUCAAAGAAAAAUGCUACAAGACGCUCAAAAUAUGUGUUAGGGGGCAAAGACCUGACCAGGAAGUUGCGAUCUCGGAACAUUUGAAGCAAUCCAGCGACAUUCAGAGGAAAAGAUUAGUCCGCCUCAUCCUUGAAUCCUUUGAGAUUGUUGGUCCGUAUGGGAAACAUGUCUGCCUGGUUUACCAGCCACUUGGCAUGAGCUUUUCUGAGUUCCAAGAUUUUCUCCCUGACAACAUGUUUCCGAAGGACCUCAUUCAAAGGAGUACUCAGCUCACUUUGAUAGCAUUGGCCUUCCUAUAUGAGAAUAAUGUUAUUCAUACUGGCAAGUAUAUAGCACAAGGCGCAAAUGUUCAUGCUAAAAGAAAGGUAGAUAUUUCACCGAACAACAUACUCCAAGGGAUAGAGGAUACCUCUAUCUUGUCUGACAAUUACUCCUUAAUAUAUAUUCUUGUAUGCAUGGCAGUCACUGCAUGGUCUCUCGUCUAUAAGAUGUCCUUUUUAAAUGUUCUCGCGGCUGAAAAGUAG